UUGCAUGGUUUCCAAAGUUUGAUGGGAUUGCUUCUUUUUGGGAGUGCCGGACUCCAGCUUAUUAGAGUUUUUGAUCAAGUAGUCUCUUGCCCGCAUCACCGCCAUGAGCUGCUGAUCUGAGUGACUGCCCUCCUCCACCUCCUCCUCCAACCGCUCGCAGCAUUAUAUGUAAGUGACUCUUGUGGGUCUGUGUGCUUCACUCUCAAUCCUCCUCCUCCAACAGUUUCAUUAUCAUAUAUACUUCCCCCUCGCUUCCCCACCCAAUUAUUAUUAAUCCCCAUCUGAGCGCGCUUUAUAUUGUUUUGAUUCUCCUCUCCACAAUUUCCCCCCAGUUAUCAAUAAAUAAUUCUCUAGAAAUAAUUAAAUAUCCUCUUUUCUCAUCCAUAGUAAAAAACCCCAAUUAAGUUAUUCUUCUCCUGAUCUUCACCUCCAUCUCACCUUGAGAGCACUGAUAGUGAAUUGGAAGUACUCGAUCGAGUGUGCAAUCGAGAGCUGUUUCCGAUCGAACCACCACCCCACAACAGCCUUUAACCCCACACGCAUACAUCCAUACACAGUACACCCACACACUGACACACACACCCGCGAUCAUCAAACGGCAGUGAUCAAAGAAAGGGAGGAAGAAUCCUUGGUAUUCAAGUGUUACAGGAGAAGGAAUGGCCGAACUAGCGACGAAGGGCGAGAAACAAUACUCGUUAUCGGGCGACCUGCACACGACCGAUCCCUCGGAGCCGGCGGUCAAGCCGGCGCCGCCGAUCUUCGACCCCGAGCUCCAACGGAUCGCCGAGCUCUCCGCCAAGCUCGAGAACCCGCUCUCCGGCUUCUCCAGCCACGAGCUCGUCCAACAGGCCGAGGAGUUUUGUCAGGCUAAUGGCUUGAAUGACCAGCUUGAAAACUUCAAGCGAGGCGCCAUCCUUGCAGCCAACCCGCAAGACUUGGACCGGAUCCCCGGGAUCACUGAGGAGGAGCGUCAGUUCAUCGACUGGGAGGGUUCCCGACGAUGGAAACAACCGAUGAUGAUGUACUUCAUUGCUAUUCUUUCAUCGAUGGCAGCGAUCGUUCAAGGGAUGGACGAAGCCGUUGUCAAUGGGGCCCAAAUCUUCUACUACGAUCGCUUUGGGAUCCCGACCGACGGGACCAAGAAGACGGCGAUAAUCCAAGGCCUCGUCAACAGUGCACCAUACCUAUGUUGUGCCGUGUUUGCCUGUUGGAUCACCGACCCGGCCAACCGACUCCUCGGCCGUCGAGGGGUCAUCUUCUGGUCCUGCUUCAUCGCCGGCGCCGCCUCGAUCUGGGAGGCCUUCACUUACUCUUGGCCUCAGCUGUUCGUCUCUAGACUUGCAUUGGGACUUGGGAUCGGACCUAAGUCUGCUACUGGACCUAUCUACACCGCCGAAUGCGCACCCGCUCCAAUCAGAGGCGCAUUGGUCAUGCAAUGGCAAAUGUGGACCGCUUUUGGAAUCGCACUUGGGGAUGUAGUCAGUGUGAUCUUUGUGGAUGUGGAACCAAAUGUAGCAUGGAGGUUAAUGUUAGGCUCGACUGUGGUAGCGCCGGUGAUAGUAUGUUGCAUGAUAUACUAUGCGCCAGAGUCACCACGAUGGUACAUGUCGAAGGGCCGGGUGGCGGAUGCGUACCAUUCGAUGCGUCGGCUCAGGUUCUGCGAUCUCCAGGCCAGUCGCGACUUGUUCUACAUCGCCAAGUUGCUCGAGCUCGAGAACGAGUCCCUCCAAGGUCGCAACCUCCUCACGGAUAUGUGGCGGGUCCCUAGAGUCCGUCGCGCCGCUCAGGCCUCCGGCCUCGUCAUGUUCAUGCAACAGUUCUGUGGCGUCAAUGUCAUCGCUUACUAUAGCUCGCAAGUGUUCAUCGAAGCUGGCUUCGACAGAAAAGCGGCAUUAUUGACGACGAUGGGAACCGGACUAGUCAACUGGAUCUUUGCGAUCCCAGCACUCUACACCAUCGACACCUUUGGCCGACGCAACCUGUUAUUGACGACGUUCCCGGCCAUGGCGGCCUGUUUAUUGGCCACCGGAAUGGCCUUCUUCAUCCCUUUUGAUGGGCCGGGUGACAACCGUCGAGUGGGUGUCGUGGCGGCGUCGAUCUACCUCUACAUGGCCUUCUACAGUCCCGGCGAAGGUCCUGUGCCGUUCACGUACAGCGCUGAAGCCUUCCCGCUCUACAUCCGUGACUUCGGAAUGUCCUAUGCCACCGCUGUCUGCUGGUUCUUCAACUUUGUUCUGGCUAUCACCUUCCCCCUAAUGUUGACCGCCUUCAAACCGCAGGGGGCGUUCGGCUGGUACGCCGGUUGGUGUAUCAUUGGCUGGGUUGCUGUCUUCUUCACUCUGCCUGAGACUAAGGCGCUCACUCUUGAAGAAUUGGAUUACGUCUUCUCGGUCCCAACUGCUAAACACGCUUCUUAUCAAGUCAAGAACUUUAUGUGGUGUUUCAGGAAAUACGUCCUCAGACAACAAGUCAAACCUUUACCCCCUUUAUAUCAACUCAACUUGAGUGUAAAGAAUUGAACUCAGGAGAAAGGUUCUUCAUUCCCAACAUCUCAUCUAAUCCACUGCACAGAAGUACAAUCGAUCAAUAUGAUGGAAUCGUCCAGUAAUAAUCUCAUCUUGUCACUUUCAUGAAGGAGGCCGGAAGAUUCAUAAAGAAGAAAAAAAAGUGAAAAAAAAAAUUGUUGUUUGUAUUAUUUUUUGUUUUCUCCUUGUUAUUGAAGUUGAUGAAGUCUCCAAACUUAACACCAAAAGUAUCAAAAAGAAAGGAGAUUUGUUCUUGUGUAUAGGAUCCCUGUGUGUAUAAUCUUGUUGAAAUAUCAUAAAUCCUUAAUCACACAUGAAUAGGGCUUUCAAGCUUGUAGAUCCAGUCAAUCAACUCCUUAACAGCAAGGGAAUCAGGAUAAUGUGAUCAACUUGUCUCCAUCCACAUCAUCAUAUACAAAACCCACAACAAAAUUGCACUUUUGUCUCUUGCUCUCUCUUCUCUCUUCCAUCAUAAUUCUCAAUCCUCUCCCUCUGCAUGUCAUCUUAUCUUACCUUGUUUUCUUAUCUUUUUGUAGUAGUAGUAAUAGUGGUAUGAUAAUUAAAGUGUUUCCUGUAAUGAUCAAAAGGAAAAGGGUGGACGAUCUUGAAGUGUGUGUCUGAUUGUUAUGAUUAUCGUGGGCCACAACGCUUUUUCCCCAAAAAGUGUUGGCAUA